GAUGGUGGAAGAUAUAAUAAAUAUUUUUAUAAAUUAAGUCAAAUGUAAUUCUAAUCUUGCACCUUUUGGAUUAAAUUUUGUGCAUUUGGUGUGACAAGUGAUUUUGUGGUGAAAUAGUUUUGGAUUAACAGUUUAAUAAUAUUGAAUCGGCCAGGAACCUGAAGGUAUCUUCUGCAGUCUGCAGUGGCGGCAAAUUGUCAGCCGGAGGACGAGGGGGGCCAAGGGGGGUCAGUUUGGGGCACGGGGAUCCCGCUGCAAAUGUGACGCACGCGUUUCGUAAGAAUGAAAGGGCCCCACGCUACGGCAAUGGUGGAAGGGGGUUCGGAUUCUCAUAUAUACUGCAGUGAGGCAUGAGGUGGUUACACACUUGGUUUGCACCACUCGUUCAGUAAGCGUUUCGAGGUUUGUUCGACAGACAGACGGUUAUACAGUCACUAAUCGUGGUCUAAUCCAUUUAAGUAAAGUUCAACACUUAGAGACGCGACUUCAGCAGUGAAUUUCUUUAGUGAAUUAUUCAGGCUGAUUUAAUACUUUUUUGUACGAGUUACCACCGUUCAAAUCUCCCAAGAAAAUUACAAUGGCCGCCGUAGCCGCAGCACAGAAAAACCGCGAAAUGUUCGCUAUCAAAAAAUCAUACAGCAUUGAGAAUGGAUAUCCAGCUAGACGUCGUUCUCUGGUGGAUGACGCACGUUUCGAAACUUUGGUGGUAAAGCAAACCAAACAAUCAGUCCUGGAUGAGGCUCGUCUCAGAUCCAAUGAUUCCAGUGUUGACCCAGAAAUUGAGCACGAAGAAAUUUCAGUCGAUAAAUCCGCCGAACAACCACAAGAUGACGAUAUUACAUUGACAGAAGAGGAAGUGGUUCUUCAAAACGCCAUCGCUGAAAAUGCAGAUGCCGGGCUGGUUAGCCAAAAGGCGGCGUUGGUUUUGCGUUUACGUGACGGUAUGACGUCUCUCUCGCGAGUUCUUAAGAUCGUUGAACUAUACGAGGGCUCGGUGUACCACUUGGAGACGCGCCCCAACAAAAAAGAAACCAACGGGUUGGAUGCUUUGAUCAACGUUGAGAUGAGCAGAGUGUCCCUCCUGCAACUGAUCAAGUCCCUCCGUCAAUCCAACACUUUAGAGCACACCACUUUGGUGGGCGAAGAUAACAUUUCAGCUAAGAACCCUUGGUUCCCAAGACACGCUAGUGAGUUAGACGACUGCAACCACCUAAUGACCAAGUAUGAGCCUGAUCUCGAUAUGAACCACCCUGGUUUCGCUGAUAAGGAGUACCGUGCUAGGCGUAAAACCAUCGCUGAGAUCGCCUUCUCCUACAAAUAUGGUGACCCAAUCCCAUACAUCGAGUACACCGAGACCGAGAACAAAACUUGGUCUUCAGUCUUCAAUACCGUUCUGGACCUGAUGCCAAAACACGCGUGCGCUGAGUACCGAAAAGUCUUCAGCGUUCUGCAAGACGAAGGUAUAUUCGUCCCGGAUCGUAUUCCGCAGCUGGAAGAGAUGUCGAACUUCAUGGCCCGCCACACCGGCUUCACUUUAAGACCCGCUGCUGGACUUUUGACGGCUCGCGAUUUUCUGGCUUCGUUGGCUUUCCGCAUUUUCCAGAGCACCCAGUAUGUGCGUCACAUCAACUCUCCAUUCCACACCCCAGAGCCAGACUGCAUUCACGAACUCUUGGGCCACAUGCCUUUGUUAGCCGAUCCUUCUUUCGCACAAUUCUCCCAAGAAAUCGGUCUCGCUUCCCUAGGGGCUUCCGAUGAAGAAAUUGAAAAAUUAUCCACCGUGUACUGGUUUACCGUUGAGUUUGGGCUGUGCAAGGAAAACGGAGCUGUCAAAGCUUACGGGGCUGGUCUGUUGAGCGCUUAUGGGGAGCUUUUGCACGCUUUGAGUGAUAAACCAGAGUUGAGACCGUUCGAGCCUGCAUCCACCGCAGUUCAACCCUACCAGGACCAGGAGUACCAACCCAUUUACUACGUGGCUGAGAGUUUUGAAGACAUGAAGGAUAAAUUCAGGCGCUGGGUGUCCAACAUGUCGCGUCCGUUUGAAGUCAGGUUCAACCCCCACACUGGAAGAGUUGAAGUUUUGGAUUCCGUGGAUAAAAUGGAGUCGUUGGUGCACCAAUUGAACACAGAGGUGAUGCACUUAUCCAACGCCAUCAACAAAAUGAAGGGGCCGUCGCUAUGAAUUCCAACUCUUUCUUAAAGGUCCGGCGCUGGGCAGCUAUGUGACUGGUGCUGCCCUACGCGGUAAUCAAUGAUUACUAAUCAUCGGCAUCAUAUUGUAUAAAGUCGUCAUUACGUGUAAUAUAUUAUUAAUAUUAUUUCUUCGUAGCUUUAGAUGUUAGUUUUUAGUUGGUCAAGUAGUCUUGUGAUCUCACAUAUACUUGCACUGUACCCCCUUAUCUGCGAUAUGUUGUUAAGUAUGCAUGUCCGAUUCGUCACUUGAUUGACUUGUAAAUUUUUAUUUGCGAUGAGAUAAGACAUGCUGACAGUAUUUAAUUAAUUUAUAUAGAUAGCACCUUGCACGAGAUCAUAUUUUAUUGUAAAGAUGUUUAAAUUAAAUUAUUAUAUGUAAUAUAUGUAGAAACAAGUAUCUACAAAUAAACGUGCAAUACAAAAGUAACAUAC